GGCAAGCUGUGUACCAUGGCAGGGAAAUUUAGGCAGAGCUCACACUAUUUGCAGUGGAUUUUGGAUAAACAAGAUCUGCUGAAGGAACAUCAAAAGGAUUUAAAGUUUCUCUCAGUAGAAGAGUUAAAAAAUUACAGAUAUUUUUUUACAAAUGUUAUCCAAGCAUUAGGUGAACAUCUUAAAUUAAGACAAGUUAUUGCCACUGCUACGGUCUAUUUCAAGAGAUUCUAUGUAAGGUAUUCUCUGAGAAGUAUGGAUCCUGUAUUAAUGGCUCUUACCUAUGUGCUUUUGGCAUCCAAAGUAGAGGAAUUUGGAGUAGUCUCAAAUACAAAAUUGAUUUCUGCUGCUACUUCUGUUUUGAAAACUAGAUUUUCAUAUGCUUUUCCAAAGGAAUUUCCUUAUAAGAUGAACCAUAUAUUAGAAUGUGAAUUCUGUCUUUUAGAAUUAAUGGAUUGUUGUUUGAUAGUGUAUCAUCUUUAUAGACCUUUGCUCCCGUAUAUGCAGGACAUGGGCCAAGAAGACCAGAAAGAUGCCAGACAGUGGUUUGCUAAGCUUUCUGUGGAUAUGGAGAAGAUUUUGGAAAUAAUCAGGCUGUACUCGCUCUGUGUGUACCGCCACCUCCGGAACCCGCCAAAUCCCGUUAAACCCCACCCCCAGCAACAGUACACUAUCCCCAUAGGCUUGUUGCGCAGUCCAGGUUCCCACGCUCUUCAGCCUUCCUUAAUCAGCGGAUUUCUUAAAGCCCCGCCCUUUCCUUCUCUCCGGCGUUUUUUUUCCGUUCAGGACUGCCUCACCCACCCUGGUUAUUUGGUUGGCCAGCGCCCCCGCCGUACGUCAUUUACCCGCGCCACCCGGAAGCCACGGUUCUUACUAACACUUCUUUUUGCCGGCGGCUUUCAGGUAACGGCCGCGCUUGGGUGUCCCUGUGUGAUGGGGUCCCAGAGCUGGGAGGGGCGGAAGGCUGAACCCUCGGCAUAA